GUGAUGGUAUGCGCGGAUGGAAGGUGUUAUGAGUGGGGACUGGAAAGUUGCUUUGUGCAGCAGUGUUUGUGGUUAGCAGGCAGCCUCGUCGUCAUAUGAAUGCCAACUGAGCGACUAGUAACGUCGUGACUUUCGUACGUGGUGGAUGCUGUUGGUCGUUUGUUCUGAGCAAAAUGUUUAUCCCAUCGAGAUAUGAGCAUUUUCUCACGAUCAUCUCGCCAAAUAUCGCAUUAUUCAUCCAAUUCUCUUAGUGCUGCACAAGUGUGAUUGUCGCUUUGGAGAUUUACCGACUUCCGUCGAGAUUUAACUAUUACGUGCUCUUAAGGCCAUCCUAAGAAACAGGAUUUUAUUUUUUUUGAUAGACAGAAUUUAAGUGGUGAGAAGAGGAAGUCUCAAGAUCUCUUCCUUUUCUGCACAUAUUUCAAGUGUAACGAAUUUUUGGAAGAAGGUUUUUUUCAUCCAAAACACUUGAAAAACUUUCUACAAUUGCACCUUUUUGUGCUGGAGCAACAUUUCACCUUUAAGGUGCUUCAGUAGACAUCAAAGACCGGAAAAGUACUCUCAGUUCUUAAUAUCGAGUCUUUUCACUUGAAUUUUAUAAGAUUUUCCACAUAUCACGUUCUGCAGAAUUCAAUUUUUCUGCACAAAAAUUUUUCCAUCAGUGGCUCAGAGUGUUUCGCGGUGCCGGGGAGUCAUUGAUCCGGGUUACGUGAGUGAAUACGUGCUUUUAUGUAUUUUUCUGGGGUUGUAUGCCAGAGUGAGAUAAGAAUCGAGACACAAUCUCCAAAGGAAAAUCGAUAAGGGUGUGCAUUGAAUUUGGUGGUUCAGGAUUCCUUGAGAGAAAAGUUGAGGAAAAAAAAGGGGUCAGUCUUGAUGAAAAACUAAGAGAAGUUCUCCUGGCUCUUAAGAAGAUUCCAAGAAGCUUUUCCGUAUAAUCCAGAUCGUCGUUUGAAGAACGAGGAAGAAGGAAGAAAAAAAAUCAACGAGUUUUUGCUUCUUACGCGAAGCCGGCAUUUUAGCAGAAGGACCAAUUAAUGAACUGCCAUUAAUUUGACCGAAGAAGUAGAGAGCUGAAAGUGAUAAGCAAAUUGAUAGGAUAAGAAGAAUAUUCUUCUUCGAGGCAGAAUUUUGCGCGGGAAACCAUUGGUGACCAUAGACGAUUGGAGGUCCACAGAGAAAUCAAUCCCACGUGAAAAUCAUUAACGGAAAGUGUUGACAGUUCAAUCUGACAUUAAAUUGAAAAUUCAAGAGCCUCCGGGAGUGUCCCUCAGGAAGGGAAUUAAAUAAGUGUGGUGUACAACUAAAAGUAUAUAAAAUUAAGUGAAAAGAAAAGUUGUUUAUGAACGAGGAGACCCAAUUCCUCAGCUCUGAGUGUUUUGUGGCAGAAAAGUGCUUCAAAUGUUAGCGGCGUGCAGUGUUUUAAUUGCUAAUUUCUCUAUCAAUUUGCUCCAACAACGUCCAUGACGCGCCUCUUGAGAGCUCAACAAGAAGUGCUUAAGUGAACGAGAAAGAGAGAGAGAUAGGCUGUCUUGCAUUAAAGUGUUGGAAAGAAUAACAUUGAACCAUUUCAUCUGCAAUUCACCACUUGUCGACAUUAAUGUUCUGGCAAGUUCCAACUCGAAAUCAUCUAUUACACAAUUUAACAUCACUUAAUCCCAGUCUCCGGCAGUUGGACAAUUAAGUGUUGGGAUUUCUUUUUGCAAAAAUUUGUAGAUGCCGAAGGAAAUCUGACAAGUCCAGACGGGAAAAGUUGAUCUUCUCUCUCACGGAUAAAUCCCCCAUACUACUCUGCAAGAGGGUGAAAACUUGUACAUUGUGCAAGAACUUUUAUUUUUUCCUUUCCUUGGGGGUAAAUUGGAGGGCAGUUUGAGUGAAUUUGUGCGAUGGUGAUUUUCGUGCGUGUUGAGAUAUAAUUAAUACAAUUGUGCUUAAGAGAGAUUUUGCCGUGCAAAUUGUGUGAUACAUCGGAAGGUAGAGGCGGAAAGUUUAAUUAAUUUGAAGAUUGAGAAUUUACCCUGAUAAAUAUUCAAUUUGUGCUUUGUGAGAAAAAUAACUUUCUGUGGGUGAUUUCCUGUUCUAUUUUUUUCCCCGGGUCUAUUUUUCUUUUUCUUAGAAAAGGAAAAAUUCCACAUAGCAAUUGACUUUUAAUGAAAAUUGUUUCUACAAGAAGAGUGACAAUGUCGGGCAAAUUGGUGUUACUUUUGGUGAUGGUGUGUCUCAAAGGCAUGGCAUGGGGUGCUAAUUGGGAUCAUGCUGUGGACUUCAAUGAGAACUUUCGUCUUCUAUGGACGGUCCGGGGAGCAGAGAUAACAAUGGAGAUCCAGGCAAAGACUUUGGGCUACGUCGGAGUUGGAUUCUCCGAAGAUGGCACGUUAUCUGGUGCUGACAUGGCCAUCGGAUGGGUGGAUCAGGGACAACCGUACUUUCAGGAUCGACAUGUGAAAAAGAACAGCGAUGGUGAACCAGUGGUUGAUCCCUCCCAGGACUACGUUCUUCUUCUUGGCUACGAAAAUGCCACUCAUACUGUCCUGCGCUUCCGCAGGAAACUCGACACUUGUGAUACAUAUCAUGACCUUCCAAUUACGAAUGAUACCAUGAGAGUAAUAUUCAUGUACCAUGAGAAUGAACCAAAACGCGGUGCAGUGACACCAGGAAGUCUUCCUAAACCAUUGGAAGCCUACCGUGGAUACCGAUCACUCUUCUUGACUCAGCGUGUCACUCAGGAUGCCAUUCGGUUGGAUCUGAAGAUCCGAACACUGGAAUUGCGCAAUCAGGACGUUGAAUUGCCACAAAAUGAUGCAACGCUCUACUGGUGCAAAAUAUUCAAACUCACGGAUAUUAAUAAAAAGCAUCAUUUGGUUAAGUACGAACCAGUGUUUGAAUCAUCAGCAAGUCGACCGUACAUGCAUCACAUAAUCCUGUACGAAUGUCAAGGAUCCUCCAACGAGUUGGAGAUGCUGUCACGUGAACAAGGACGCCCUUGUUUUCAGCCGGACAACCCCAGACAGUGCAACGUUGUGGUCGCUACUUGGGCUAGAGGAUCAGAAGGUUUCACAUUUCCACAAGAAGUCGGCUAUCCACUUGACAUCUACCAGGCGCGCUAUUACAUGAUGGAAACCCACUAUCACCAUGCCAUGGAUGGGGUGGGUGUCAAUGUUAAUUCACCGCCAAUGGUGGACAAUUCUGGUCUCCGACUUUACUACACUCAGGCUCUUAGGAAGUACGAUGCUGGUGUCCUAUCAGUUGGAAUCGAUCCUAAUUGGCGUCACAUCAUUCCACCGGGUCAGGAGAGAGUCAUCUCCGAAGGUCACUGCAUCGAAGAGUGCACCAAAGCAGCAUUUCCAGCGUCAGGAAUCAAUAUUUUUGGCGUCAUGAUGAGAACGCAUCAGAUUGGGAAACAGGUGCGCCUGAGACAGAUCAGGGGACAUGACGAACUACCCCCUGUGGCUCAGGAUAGCAACACUGAUGCCAACUACCAGGAAUUCAGGCGUCUCACGUCACCUGUCAAAGCCAUGCCGGGGGAUAGGUUAGUUGCUGAGUGCACUUAUGACAGUUCCACACGAAAGGCCAUCACUCUUGGCGGGAAGACAACUAGAGAGGAAACUUGUCUGGUCCUGGCUCUCUACUAUCCGCGACAGAAAGAACUCACAGUCUGUCAUUCUCUGCCCAGUCUUCCCACUGUCCUCCAUUCACUCGGAAUCGAGGAACUUGCUGUCAAUUCAAAUCCUGUUCUGAUUCUGCUGCCAGCUGAAUUGGCCGGAAUGACUCUGGAGUCUCGUCUGGUGACCUACGACUGGGCAAAUCAAUUUGAGAGCUUUCAGCGAAUAACACGCCGAGGAUCAUUCAAACCACUAUGCUGGGGUGCCAAAAACACAUUAAUUCCGGGAACUGAGUACAUCGAAGCUCAUAGUCCAAACUUGACCAAAGUGUGGCAUCCGCCACUGACGUGUAGCACAAAGACGCGCUUCGUGACUCAAAACAACCUGGACAUUCCUGUUCUGGAGGAGGAUGAGAGCAACAACAUUAUUGAGGGUGCAGCCCGGAGCAAAGUGUCACGGAGUUCCGCAACGGAAACCAUGGGCCUCAGCAAUGCCACAAAUCUCAGACACUUUCUGGCACUCUACUCACCCCUCAUUGCCCUCUUGCCCAUCUUUCUCACAAACUUCCUGGCAACUUAAAGUGUCGCCGGGCUUUUUGGUUCUUCGGACGUGUGAACACAUGUGGCCAGAAUAUGUAUAGCUACAAGCUGAUAAUCCAUCUUGUAAAUAAGUAAGAUAGUUUUGUUGAGUCUUUAGCCAUCCAAAUGUACUCACAUCCAAAAUGAAAGUACUUUGGAAGGACCAAAAUAGAUGAGCAGAAGCCAAGGUAAUCCGGAGUUGAUGGGGAAGGAGGGUUUGUUGAGAAAGAAACCAAUGUGAUUAUUCAGAGGAUUGUCACCUUUGAAUCCCAUUAUGUAAGGAAUGAAAUAAGUUUUAAAAAAAUGAUACGUCAUGAAAAAAUUGUAAAUAAAAAAUACAUAAAUUAUAUCGGAGUCGUAUUUUGUAAAAAAAAAACUGGGUUAAAAAAACUAGAAAAAAAUGGUAGAUGAAUAAAUAAGAUUUAGGCAACUUUACAAAAACAAAAAUCAAUUUCUUGUAGUUUACUUCUUGUACAAAGAUUUUUGAUUAAUCAUUUUGAUUUCUCCUAGUCAGACGAAGAUUGGAGGGCUUAUUGUGUCUCAUUUGUAAGUAGGAAUUCUAAUCAAAGUUUCAAUUUAGUUUGUUAUUUAGAAAUUUUCACUUGUAACCCUUAUGUUGUAUACUACUGAAUAAAAAACCAUGUAACUGA